GCGAAAUAUUAAAGCAAAUUGGUCGGCUUCAUCAUCUUUAACCUUUAACUUUACCCUACUCUAUCUCUGCAAUAUGCUCAAUGCUGCUUUUAUUUUCAUCUCCAAACCCAAAACACCAACCUUUAGCAGACUCUGUUCCCACUUUAUGCAAUGUAUAAGAACCCCUAAAGUUACAAACCUAAGGAAAAAAAAAUAUGUGAAAAGAAGCAAACAAAUUCUCACUCCAUUUUCGACUCCACCAUCCCUCGAGCAAAAAAUCUCAAACCAACAAACACAAACAUCAGCUGAUCAGCAUUGCAAAAAUGGAGAUAUUAUCACAAUUGUGGUCACUGUUAGGGUUACUCACCGUUCUGCAAAAUGUGCUUCCAUCUCAGAUUCUCUCUCUGCUUCACUCUGUAUACGAAUCAGCACAAGAUCUGCUAUCUCCUUACGCUUACGUUGAGAUCCCUGAGUUCAACGGCUACUGCGGCGUCGACCUCAACGACCUCUACCGCCACGUGCACCUCUACCUGAACGCAGCCGCGUCUGCCUCCCCCGCCGCCUCGUGCCGCCGCGUCACGCUCUCCCGUUCACCCUCCUCCUCCCGCGUCACCUUUGCCGUAGCGCCAAACCACACCGUCCACGACUCCUUCGGCGGCCACCGCCUCUCUUGGACGCACCACGUCGACGGCGUACAAGACUCCCUGGACGAGAAACGAAGCUUCACUCUCCGUCUACCGAAGCGCCACAGGCAGGCGCUACUGCCGUCCUACCUCUCCCACGUCACCUCACGCGCGGAGGAGUUCGAGCGCGUGAGCCGCGAGCGCCGCCUCUUCACCAACAACACAACCGGCUCCGGUUCCUUCGAGUCCGGAUGGGUUUCCGUCCCGUUCCGCCAUCCCUCAACCUUCGAAACCCUGGCUCUCGAGCCAGAACUCAAGAAACAAAUAAAAAACGACCUCGUUUCGUUUCAAAACGGCAGAGAGUUUUACCACCGGGUUGGGCGUGCGUGGAAGCGGGGGUACUUACUCCACGGUCCACCCGGUUCCGGUAAAUCGAGCCUCAUAGCAGCUAUGGCUAACUUCCUCUGUUACGACGUAUACGACUUGGAACUCACAAAAGUUUCGGAUAACUCUGAGCUGAGGUCGCUACUAAUCCAAACGACGAACCGCUCCAUUAUUGUUAUAGAAGACAUUGACUGUUCCGUGGACUUAACCGCUGACAGAACGACGAAGAAGCAACCAGCCAAGUCGUUUAAGAAGUGCAAAACGACGAUGUCGUCUUCGGGUUGUGAAGAUAGUGGGAGGGUUACGCUUUCAGGGCUCCUGAACUUCACGGACGGGUUGUGGUCGUGUUGUGGCGAGGAGAGGAUUGUGGUGUUCACUACGAACCACAGGGAUAGCGUGGACCCUGCGCUGGUUCGGUGUGGGCGCAUGGACGUGCACGUGAGCCUUGGCACGUGCGGGUUCCAUGCGUUCAAGGAGUUAGUUAGGAACUACCUCGGGGUUGAGUCUCAUGCGUUGUUCGAUGCCGUGGAUGCGUGUAUUAGGUCGGGUGGGUCCCUCACGCCGGCGCAAGUUGGGGAGAUCCUAUUGAGGAACAGAGGGGAUGCUGACCUGGCGAUGAAGGAGGUUGUGGCAGCGAUGCAAGGGAGGAUGCUGGCUCUUGCGGCCGCUGGAGGCGGUGGCGGGGAUCAGAUGGAUAAUGAGGAUGUAGUGGCGGCGGUGUCAGUAGGGACUAGGUCGCCGGAGAGUGUAUUAAUGAUAGGGUCGCCGGAGAAUUGGGACACGGCGAUGGGUGGGCGAAAGAGAAAGGAGAGUGUUAAUGGGUCGAAUGGGUGCGAAAAGAAGGUAAAGUUUUUCGUGAGGUUGAAGUCGUUGACUAAGUCUGACUCUGGUAAAUGUGGUGUUUUUGAGAGAGGAAAACAUUGAAACUUUACUUUUUUUUUUCUUUUUUGUCUUGGAGACUUGGACUAGAAAAGUUUAACGUUCACGGGUGUGGAUUUUUCAGCCGUGUUCGGGUUAGGUUUUUUUUUCUGGUGGUAGGAAAGACAUUAAUUAAGUUGGUGUGAUUAGUAUUUUUAUUUUAUUUUUUAUGUAAAGCGGCUUAUUGUUCAGCUAA